AUGAAUUUUUUAUUUAAAACUAUUCUGAAAGAAGUUAGAAUUCGUUUUUUUUGGAUAUUUAUUUGCUUCAGUUUAACAUGGUUUACGUGUUAUUGGUUUUCAGAAGAUUUGUUUUUUUCGUCAGCGAAAUCCUUUCUUAUUCUUUCUUAUUCAGGUUUUAUUUGUACACAAUUAACGGAGGCCUUAAGCACGUAUGUUACUAUUUCUUUAAUAUCAUGCUUUUACUUUUUAUUUCCUUUCUUAAGUUAUCAAAUUUGGUGUUUUUUGAUUCCUAGUUGCUAUGAAGAACAAAGAAAAAAAUACAACAAAUUCUUUUACUUAAGUGGUUUUUGCUUCUUCCUGUUUUUUUUUGUCACUUUUGUUGGGGUAGUUCCCAAUGUUUGGCACUUUUUAUACGAAUUGAAUAAAACAUCAACUAAUCUACUUAUAAUAAAGUUACAACCUAAGAUUUUUGACUAUAUUUUAUUAACUGUUCGUAUUUUGUUUAUUUCAUCAAUAUGCUCUCAAGUACAGGUACUUGUGAUCUUUUUGCUAGAAUCAAAAGGGAUUUUUGUGAAAAGCUGCAUAAAAAAUCGUCGUUUUUUUAUGGUUCUUUCAAUUUUUACAGCAGCUUUUUUAACACCUCCAGAUAUCUGGUGUCAAAUUGUCGCUUGUUUACUUAUUUAUUGUAUAAUAGAGUUGACCAUUUUUUACGCAUUGAUUAUACAAGUUUAUAAGAAGCAACUAGUCCUUUAA